UGUACUUUUCAGAUGAUAUGUUUAGACUAUGUGAUUCUUUUCAGUUUCUCCUUGGUGUUGAGAUAUGGAGUAUCACUGUGGCCCUACUCAGGUAUGGGAGUUCCUCCGAUGCAUGGUGAUUAUGAGGCGCAACGGCAUUGGCAGGAGAUAACGGUCAAUCUGCCACUCUCCGACUGGUAUAAUCAAACAAAGGAUAAUGAUCUGAUGUACUGGGGCCUGGACUACCCUCCGCUCACCGCCUACCACAGCUACCUGGUUGGUAGGGCGGGGCAGUGGGUCAACUCCUCCUUCACAGAACUUCAGACUAGCCGGGGGAUAGAGUCUAUUCAACACAAACUAUUCAUGAGAACUAGUGUUAUAUUAGCAGAUCUGGCAGUUUUGUUUCCUGGUAUUUUUCUUUUGUCUGGUUCUCUAGUGUCCGGGACAGGAAUAUUGUUAGCACUUUACCCUGGUCUCAUACUGAUAGAUCAUGGACAUUUCCAAUACAAUAAUAUUUCUCUGGGGCUCUUCAUCAUUGCAACAUCCCUGGUGUCCAGGAACCGUGACGUGCUCGGAUCAAUUUUCUUCUGUCUUGCGUUGAAUUAUAAACAAAUGGAGCUUUACCACGCUCUUCCAUUCUUCUUCUUUCUUCUUGCUAAAUCUUGGAAUCAACUGACAUUCUGUAAAAAGAUAACCAAGGUAAUCUUGAUUGGUGUAACUGUAGUUCUUACUUUCUUAUUCAUCUGGUCACCUUUCCUUCAUAGAGGUCUACCAACUACCUUGCAGGUGUUAAAGAGGAUUUUUCCAGUGGAUCGAGGGAUCUUUGAGGAUAAGGUCGCAAACUUCUGGUGUAGUGUGGAUAUCCUGCUCAAGCUGAAGAAUAGGUUGGAUAUCUCUCAGCUUGGAGUCAUUUGUCUCAUCACAACAUUUAUUGCCAGUUUGCCGAGUAACCUUCAUCUUCUGUUUAAACCUUCAAACCGUUCAUUCCUCUUCGCUCUGCUCAACACGUCUCUAGUUUUCUUUCUUUUCUCUUUUCAUGUUCAUGAGAAAUCCAUCCUUCUUGUUGCUAUCCCGGCAAUACUGGCAGGAUCCAUUCUACCUCAGCAGUCCUUGUACUGUAGCAACCUUCUCCCAUGGUUCCUCUCCAUCUCAACCUUCUCCAUGCUCCCUCUCCUAUACAAGGAUGGGUUGCUCAUUCCUAGCUCUGCACUGUUCAUCAUGUACCUCGUGGUCCAUCAGAAUAUGCACUUUAUUCUACCAAGAAAACAGCCUAAACAGAGAAUAUCAUCUCCUCUUCCGGUUGAACCUGAAUCAGUUUGGGAGCGUUCACUGGCUUUAAUUCAAGUUCUCUCAAUUCUUGGUUGCAUCAUCCUUACUCUUCUCUUCGUGUUCUACCCUCCUCCAUCCAGGUAUCCCUACCUGUGGCCUGCUGUAAUAUCCCUGUACUUUGCAGUACACUAUAUAUUAUCUAAUCAUGUGUGUUCAGGUAUCCCUACCUGUGGCCUGCUGUAAUAUCCCUGUAUUCUACAGUACACUAUAUUUGAUCUAAUCAUGUAUGUUUAGGUAUCCCUACCUGUGGCCUGCUGUAAUAUCCCUGUACUUUGCAGUACACUAUAUAUUAUCUAAUCAUGUGUGUUCAGGUAUCCCUACCUGUGGACUGCAUUAAUAUCCCUGUAUUCUGCAGUACACUAUUUAUUAUCUUGUCAUGUAUGUUCAGGUAUCCCUACCUGUGGACUGCAUUAAUAUCCCUGUAUUCUGCAGUACACUAUAUAUUAUCUAAUCAUGUAUGUUUAGGUAUCCCUACCUGUGACCUGCUGUAAUAUCCCUGUACUUUGCAGUACACUAUAUAUUAUCUAAUCAUGUGUGUUCAGGUAUCCCUACCUGUGGCCUGCUGUAAUAUCCCUGUACUCUACAGUACACUAUAUAUCAUCUAAUCAU